CUUUCCUUCACACCCUUUUCUUCUUCACUUAAGAAGCCUCGAAACCCUUUGCCACCUACCAAAACCAGCGACAAUUUCAAGCUCUCUACUCUCUCUCUCUCUCUCUCUCUCUCUCUCUCUACUUCUCUCUACUGUUACCUCUGCAGCUAGAAAUGAGCUUACUUAGGUCAAUUAGCUCGAAUGGUCGACGGACAUUUCGAUGGAUACUUCCCUACAAGUAUUCCUCCUACUCCACAUCCCCUUCCGCUGCCGCUAUUCAUGCAGACCGAACUGUCCGACAAGGACAAAGGAACGACUGGACCAAAGAUGAGGUCAAAUCCAUAUACGAUUCUCCCGUUCUAGAUCUUCUCUUCCAUGGGGCUCAGGUUCAUCGAAGUGCUCACAAUUUUAGGGAAGUACAGCAGUGUACUCUAUUGUCUAUUAAGACUGGAGGUUGUAGUGAAGAUUGCUCUUAUUGCCCUCAGUCUUCUAGAUAUGAUACAGGGGUUAAAGCCCAAAAGCUUAUGAACAAGGAUACUGUUCUUGAAGCAGCAAGUAAGGCAAAGGAAGCUGGCAGCACUCGAUUCUGCAUGGGCGCUGCAUGGAGAGACACAGUGGGAAGAAAGACUAAUUUCAACCAGAUCUUGGAAUAUGUAAAACAAAUAAGGGGCAUGGGUAUGGAGGUCUGCUGCACCUUGGGUAUGUUAGAACAACAGCAAGCUUUGGAACUGAAGAAUGCAGGUCUUACAGCUUACAAUCACAAUCUUGAUACUUCAAGAGAGUACUACCCAAAUAUAAUAACAACAAGAAGUUACGAUGAACGCCUGGAGACACUUAAACAUGUCCGUGAAGCUGGGAUAAAUGUCUGUUCAGGUGGAAUAAUUGGGCUUGGAGAAGCAGAAGAUGAUCGUGUGGGUUUACUACAUACAUUGGCAACACUCCCUACACACCCAGAGAGUGUUCCUAUCAAUGCUCUUCUUGCGGUCAAAGGCACUCCCCUUGAAGAUCAAAAGCCGGUUGAAAUAUGGGAGAUGAUCAGGAUGAUUGGUACAGCUCGAAUAGUUAUGCCAAACGCAAUGGUCAGGCUGUCAGCUGGGAGAGUUAAGUUUUCCAUGGCUGAACAGGCAUUAUGCUUUCUAGCUGGAGCUAAUUCCAUCUUCACAGGUGAGAAACUGUUGACAACUCCUAAUAACGACUUUGAUUCGGAUCAGCUCAUGUUUAAGGUGCUUGGAUUGGUACCAAAACCACCCAGCUUUCCUGACCACGCUGAGAAUUGCGCAGAAGAAGCUAUUUCUAAUGCAGCUUGAAUUCUUCUCUUUAAUCAGUUAUGUUAUUACAUUAGAAAGACAUAAUAACUUCAAUAAAUGAGACACCAUUGUUUAUCCUAUGUUGUUAUUUCUAUCUGAGAUUCUUUAAUAUA